UCCCCAUCCCCAUCCCAUCCCCGUCCCGAUCCCGGGGAUGCGGCGACGGCUGCUGUGGCUGCUCUGCGCCGCCGCCGCCGGCUGCUGCUGCUGGGUUCCCGCCGCGGGCAAGACGCUCCGGGGCGGCUUCGGCAGCGCCGCCGCCCGCCUGGAGCCGUGGCGGCCCGUGGCGCGCUUCCAGUUCCACGGUGACCAUGCUGUUCUGUGUGUGAGAAUCAAGAAUGUGGCAGUAGCUGUGACAAAAGCAGCCAGGCUCCACCUCUUUCAAGCACAGGAAUGGCAGAAGCUGCAGAACAAUAUCCAAGAUCACAGCUGUACAGGGACGUUCUCUAAAGCUCAGCUGACAAUGACUGUGAACCACACAGAGCAAAAUCUGACAGUGUCCCAGAUUCCUUAUCCGGAAACAUGGUAUGUGUUUUAUGUAGACAAGUUUACCUGCGAGGAGAAUUAUUCUGAAUCCGAGGAUAUUCAGUUUGAAAUGGUCUUACUAAACCCAGAUGCAGAAGGGAAUCCAUUAGAUCACUUUAGCGCAGGGGAAUCGGGAUUACAUGAAUUCUUUUUCCUGCUUGUCCUAGCAUACUUCGUAACUGCUUGCAUAUAUGCACAAUCCCUAUGGCAGACAAUUAAGAAGCGUGGACCUAUGCAUGCUGUGUUAAAGGUGUUGACAAUUGCAUUACUGUUGCAGGCUGGUUCUGCUUUUGCCAACUACCUGCAUUUUUCAAGUUAUUCUAAAGAUGGGAUAGGAGCUCCUUUUAUGGGAAGUCUGGCAGAAUUGUGUGACAUAGUCUCGCAGAUACAAAUGCUGUAUUUGUUAUUGAGUCUAUGUAUGGGUUGGACAAUAGGCAGAAUGAAGAAAUCUCAUGGCAGACCUCUUCAGUGGGAUUCCAGUCCAACAUCUACUGGCAUUGCUGUAGUAGUUGUUGUUACACAGAGCUUUUUGUUAAUUUGGGAGCAGUUUGAAGAUACAAAUCACCACAGCUACCACUCGCACCAUGGUUUAGCAAGUGGACUGCUUAUUGGCCUCAGAGUUUGUCUGGCUUUGUCACUGGCUGCUGGUCUUUACCAGAUUAUCACAGUGGAGAGAAGCACGCUGAAAAGGGAGUUCUACAUCACUUUUGCCAAAGCCUGCAUUCUCUGGUUUUUGUGCCACCCAUGUCUUGCAACCAUUGCUGUAAUAUUCAGAGAAUAUCAAAGAGAAAAGAUUAUUACCAUAGGUGUUAUCCUCAGUCAGUGCAUCUCCAUGGUUAUCCUCUACAGACUUUUUCUAUCUCAUAGUCUAUACUGGGAGGUAUCUUCACUGUCAUCAGUGACAUUGCCACUAACAGUAUCCUCCGGACAUAAAAAUCGACAUCACUUCUGAGAUGUUUAGGAAGAAUACAUUAUGUAAUAAAUGUGCAAUAAUGACUUAAAUAUACAGG